AUGGGAAGCAAUAAUGCUGGUACUGCAAGCGCAACAACAAGUAUGAAUGGUCAGCCUGAAGGUGAUUCUGGAGGAUCUUCCUCUUCGCCAGCUCAUAGUGCUGCAGCCAAUAAUCAUCUCGCGAGUCACCAUUCUACAACUUCUCAACUAACAAGCGCCACAAGCAUGUUUUCUGAUAGUCGCUUGGUUAACAUUGAAGAAGAAUCGAAACUAGUUUACGGAGUCGUACGCACAUUGAGAAAUCUUGUGAAUAAACUUAGUGGAAAUCAAGAUGGAUUUAUAUCUUACCGUACAUCGAAUUAUAAACUUCACUAUUAUGAAACACAGACAGGAUUGAAAUUUGUCAUAAAUACCGAUCCAUCGACAGAAUCCCUGCGGCCUGUAUUAAGGCAAAUAUAUACAAACUUUUAUGUAGAAUACGUUGUAAAAAAUCCAUUAUCACCAGUUGGACAUCCUGGAGGUGAAGGCGUUAAUAAUGAAUAUUUCAAGGCUGCUGUUGAUAAAUUUGUCAAAAAUUUGUCCGCUUUUGAUUAA